AUGGCAAUGAAUUCCGGCAGGACAACAGCAGUGACGCUCCUAUUGGCUGUGUCGGCAGCGGUGCUUGCUGCACUGCCCGCCGCUGCCGACAUGCGUCGCUUUCGUAUCGAAGGGAAACCCAUCAACUUGCACUCUGCGGACACCAAGGUGGUGCAACUCGAUGCAGAGACAUUUGAAAAGACCGUAAACGACCCGUCAAAGCACGUUUUUGUUUUUUUCUACGUGACGUGGUGUGACCGCUCCUGCCGCAUGUUUCCCAAGUGGGAGACGUUGGCGGAGGAUAUGAAAGAUGUAUCGGACGUUGUCUUUGCAGACAUCGACGCGGGGCUGUACGGCGAUAUCGCCGAGCGGUACGGUGUGCACGGUUUUCCCACGCUGCGGCUGUUCACCAAGGGCAACAAGGAAGGUGUGGUAUAUCACGGCCCGCGCGACGUUACGGCGCUUAAGAGUUUUGUGAAAGGGAUCGUUUGGUAG